UCGGGGGAACACAUUUCGUUUUUUGAUACCAUCUCGAGGAUCCGUUAUUCUUAUGCAAUUUUGCAUCUUUUUAUUUAUUUAUUUUUUCUUUCUGGAUUACUAUUUUUAUUUGAUGAUAUGAUGCGAUACUUGGCAACUGUCUUGUAUUCUUCAUACUGUUUUGGGUUAGGCUCGCUGUUCGCAAUGCCUCUCAGCGACCAAACCUUGGUUUUUUUUUUGUAUAUGUCGUCUUGCUUAAUGUCCAAUCCCCUCGACUGUGUUUUUAAUUUUCCUCAUCUGUGCCGUGUUUCUUUACUUCCCCCCGGCCCCUAUCCUCCUGGUGUGUUGUUUGCUUAUGUUAAUGCCAUUCGGAAAUCACUUUUUGUAUUGCCACGUUGGAUUGAUGAAUGCUUUCCUGGGCUCUUUGGACAGAAUGAGGAGGAAUGUAAUCGGACAUCUUUGGGUCACCGUUGAUUGUACUAUGAUUUCCGGAAUGAUGAUUAUGGCCCAAUUUUCAAACCACUCAUUAGGAUAGCUGUACUCUACAAUUGCAUUGCUCUUUUUAUUGAUGUCAGACUGAUUCAGGAUAGAGAGUAGUCCAAAUACCAGGACAUAGUACGG